AUGCGCCUGUCCAUUUUGGGGAAUGAGGCUCAUUUCACCUCGGAUCCUAAGAACAUUCAAGCUUUGUUGGCAACACAAUUCAAAGACUUCGGAUUAGGAUCCGCCAGAAUCGGCAACUUUGGUCCCUUGAUGGGUGAUGGCAUUGUAGCACUACUCCGUCCCCAAUUUGCUCGCGACAAUAUCAGCGAUCUGGAACUUGAAGAAGUGCAUGUGCAGAACAUGAUGCAGGCUCUGCCUGUAAACGCCGACGGUUGGGUAGAAGAAACUAAUGUGCAGCUUCUUUUCUUCCGCCUCACUCUUGACAGCUCAACCGAGUUUCUCUUUGGUGAGAGCAUUGAUACGCAGCUCGCAGCUCUUAGGGGUAGAGAAGCUGGUGCAGCAGCAGCCUGGAGAGACGAACGAGUUUUCGGUACUGCUAUCGACAGCUCUCAGAGCUACCUAUUCAAAGGCGCACGAUUCGGAAACUACUACUGGAUGGCUCACGACAAGCACUUCAAGAAAUUGUGCAAGGAUGUUCACAACUUCGCCGACUACUACGUGGACAAGGCAAUCAAGGCGCAGGCGUCUGAGAAGCGAAGACCCUCGCUUACGAGGAAGUUCGUGUUUCUUGAAGAACUCGCCGCUCAGACACAGGAUCCGGUUGAGCUGCGCACACAACUACUCAAUAUCUUGAUCGCUGGUCGUGAUACUACCGCUUGCUUGCUCAGCUGGAUGCUGUUGCUCCUAGCCAAAAACCCGGGUGUCUUUGAGAAGCUCCGCGAAACCGUCAUCCAUGACUUCGGAAGUUACGAAAAUCCUAGAGAUAUCACGUUCGUGUCUCUGAAGGAUUGUCAGUAUCUCCAACACUGCUUGAAUGAGGCUCUUCGUGUUUACCCUGUGGUACCCAUGGAUGGUCGCCGUGCUUUGACAGAUACGACGAUUCCACGCGGUGGUGGCGCAGAUGGUCUAUCCCCUAUCUUUAUUCCUAAGGGUACCGAUGUCAGCUAUUCGGUGUUUGUGAUGCACAGGCGUAAGGAUAUCUGGGGCGAGGAUGCAGACGAGUUCAAGCCAUCGAGAUGGACCUCAAAACGAUCCACUUGGGACUACCUACCAUUCAAUGGAGGCCCUAGGAUCUGCAUUGGUCAACAGUUUGCUCUCACCGAAGCCAGUUACGUGAUGGUCAGACUGCUUCAGAGAUUCGACAAGAUUGAGCCUACAGGACCAACGCUCGAUGCUGAGCCAAAGAUGCGCCUGACGCUGACCUGUUGUCCUGCAGACGGCGUCUGGGUGAAAAUGAGACAAGCGAAGGACGUCACGUCCCAUUGA